AUGAAGACUAAACUAAUGAAAUUGAUGAAAAAUGAUGUUUCUUUUGACAAAAAGGAAAGUUUUUCUCAAGUAUUAUCAGAAACUGAACAUAAUUUUAAAAACAAUCAAUUAACAUUAUUAAAUAAUUAUAAUUCGUUUUAUAAAAAUAAAGACAAGCUCUUUUAUAUUUUAAAAGAUGAUUUUAGUGAAAAGUCAUCGGAAUAUCUUGUGAAUGAAAAAAAAAUAUCUAAUAUACAAAAUUCAACUCAUUAUUUUUUUGAUCAAUGUUAUUCCAAAAAUCAGUCUUAUCAAAAUUUAUUCGAAACUUCAGACUUUUUUGUUAUUAUUUCAAAAGCUAUACCAAAAGAAGGAAUAUAUUAUGAUCCUACUGAACAUGCUGUAAAACAUAUAAUUACAGAAAUAAGCACAAAUUCUAAAAAAUGGAAAGAAUAUAUUGUUUUAUUUAAUGGUGGAUAUAAAGCUAAAGCUAAUUCUGAACAAAUUAUUAAAUAUCAUCAAGGAAAUAUUGCUUUACAAAAUUAUAUAAAAAAAACAAAUUUAUUGGAUAAGGAUUGUAUAGAUAAAGAAAUUUCGGAAGAAAGCUACUAUUCAUCUGAUGAUAUUCUUACUAUUGGAAAAAAAUGUUCAUCUAAGCCAUAUGAAAGUGAAUUGCCAAUUAUUUCCUUAAAAAAAGUAUUAUCUAGUGAUUUAAGUACUAAUAUUAAAGAUGAAGAAGAUGAGGAUGAUGAAGAUGACAUCUUUUUGUCAUCUAGAUGGAAAAAUAUAGGAUUAGGGGAAGUUUUAUUCUCUAAAGCAAAAAUAAAUUUAUCAUAUAAUUUCGAAACUUUAGAAAAAAAGGUGCCAAAAGAAUAUAGAAAAUUAGAUAAUAAGUUUCAAAUAAGAAGAUCAAAUCGUAAUAAAUAUCAUGUUAUAAGUUACAAAGAAAAUAUAUAUGAAUCUUCAGAUGAUAAUAUAUCUUCUGAGUUAUAUAAAAAUAAGUCAUCUGAAAUGCUUUUAAAAACACUAAAGAAGGAUAAAAAGGGAUUAGGGAUUGCAUUUUUUCCUGUACUUAAAGACUUUAUGGAUUUUCAUAAACCGUAUUGUGAAAAAUGUGGCGGAUCUAAAGAUCUCGUACCUUGUCAAAGUUGUAGUAUAACGUAUCAUCAAGAUUGUAUGGGAUCUAGAACUAACAAAAUUGUUGUUUUAACGCUUGUCACUGAUAGAGAAUAUGUUUUUCAAUGUUAUUAUUGUACGGAAUUAAAAAAAUCUUUAAAAUUAAGAAAUAGAUGUUAUAUUUGUGGAAAAGUUGGCGAAAAUUGUUUAAAGCUCAUUAAUAUCUCACAAAAAGGAUUUGCAUAUGAUAAUGUCUCUGAAUUAAAAAAAAUAGAAAAAGAUACUGAGCUUAUAUUAAAUAAUUCAAAAGAAUUGCUUUGGAGAUGUGAUAGAUGUUAUCGUGCAUGUCAUUUUUAUCAUUUACCUGAAAGAUUCUAUAAAAACAAAGAAUCUAAAAUAUUUCAUAUUAAUAAUUAUGUUCAAGAUUGGACUUGUAACGAAUGUAUAAAAUAUCCAUAUUAUAUAGAUAAAAUUUUGGGAUGGAGGAUUUCUUCUGCUAGCGAAUCUAUUGACAUUUCUAUAAAUGAAAAAAAUUUAGAUUAUACUGAAUGGUAUCGGGAAUAUCUUGUAAAAUUUAAAACACAGUCUUAUUUAAGAGUUGCAUGGGUAUCUGGACUUUGGUUAUCUGGUAUUUCAAAAAUAAAAAGUUAUUUUGAUCUUCAAGAAAAUAUUUCUAUCCAAGCCAUUGAAGAUGUUGUUCCUGAAGAUUAUUGUACUGUUGAUAUUAUUUUCGAUGUUAUAUACAACAAUGGUCAGUCUAGGAUUCAAAGGAUAUUUAAAAGUAAAGAAGAAGAAAUAGAAGCAAUAAAUACUGUAGAUCGUGCGUUAUGUAAAUGGAAAGGUUUAGAAUAUAAUGAUGUAACGUGGGAAAAAGCUCCUCAACAUAAUUCGUCUCGCUGGAAUGCUUUUAAAAAUGCUUACAUAGAAUUUGUUGAAAGUCAAUAUAUACAUAGUCUUAAUAGAAAUAUUAGACUAUCUAGAGUUAUGAAAAGUGUUCCAUUUUCUGAUCUUGAAAUAAAAAAUCAACCAAAAUAUAUACAAGGAGGUAAACUUAUGGAAUAUCAGAAAGAAGGACUUAAUUGGCUAUAUUAUAUGUGUCAAAAGGGGAAAUCUGUAAUAUUAGCAGACGAGAUGGGUUUAGGAAAAACAAUCCAGAUAAUAUCUUUAUGUUCAGUGCUUUUUCAUAAAUGGGAAAGGUGGCCAUUUUUAAUAGUUGCACCAAACUCUACAAUAUCUAAUUGGAAACGAGAGUUUUCAAAAUGGAAUUCUUAUCUCCAUGUUGUUGCGUAUCAUGGUGAGAAAAUUCAAAGAGAUAUUAUAGCAAGUAUUUAUAACAAUAUUCGUCAAUAUCAAUUAUUUCAUCCACAAUUUAGCAAAGAUCUUAAAUGUCAUGUUGUUUUAACUAGUUAUCAUACAAUUAUAACUGAUUCAAUAUUAAGCAAUUUUGAUUGGGAAUGUUUAAUAGUAGACGAAGGACAACGUUUAAAAAAUGAACGUUCUUUACUAUUUAAAAAAUUGAUUAAUUAUAAAUCUCAGAAUCGUAUUAUCCUUACAGGAACACCAUUACAAAACAAUGUUAAAGAACUUUUUAAUUUAUUACAGUUUUUAGAGCCAGAAAAAUUUGAUGCAACUAAACUAAGUCUUGAAUAUUUAAAUAUGACAUCUGAAAAAGUAUCUCAAAUGCAUGAUAUUCUAAGACCUUUACUAUUACGUAGAACAAAGUUGGAUGUUCUUAAAUCUUUACCGCAAAAAUUGGAAAUUAUACUUCCUGUAACAAUGUCGUCUCUUCAAAAAAAUUUAUAUAAAUUAAUUUUAUCUAAAAAUGCAAAACUACUUAUGUCAAUAAUGUCAAAAUCAACUACUGAACGGCCUUUAACAAAUUAUAAUAAUACAGCACUCUCAAAUAUUUUAUUACAACUUAGAAAAGUAUUAUCACAUCCAUAUGUUUAUAAUCCAAACGUUGAAGAAAAGACAUCCGAUGAGCACUUAGAAUAUGAAAGGAUGGUUAAGGCUUCUGCAAAAUUGAAAUUUCUUAGUAAAUUAUUUCCAAAUUUGAAAAAAAGAGGUAGGAGAGUUUUAAUUUUCUGCCAAUUCACUUUAACAUUGGAUAUUCUUGAAGAUUGGUUAAAUUACAUGGGAUAUAAGUUAGAAAGAAUUGAUGGAAAAACACCGACAUAUGAUCGUCAACGUAGAAUUGAUAAAUUUAAUGCAAAAGACUCUGAUUUAUUUUGUUUUUUACUUUCUACAAGAGCUGGAGGAGUAGGUAUUAACUUAGCAACAGCUGAUACUAUUAUAAUAUACGAUGUUGAUUUUAAUCCUCAUCAGGAUAUUCAGGCUAUAUCACGGUCAUAUAGGAUAGGACAAACCAAAAAUGUUUUAGUAUUUAUAUUAAUAACAAGAAAUACAGCAGAAGAAAAAAUAUUAGAAGAAGCAAGGCGUAAAAUGGUAUUAGAUCAUUUGAUAAUUGAAAGUAUGGAUGAAAAAAGUGAAACUGCUAUUGAUUAUCAGUCUAUUCUUAGUUUUGGUGCUAAAAGUCUUUUUGAAGAUCAAAAUGAUGAUCAAGAAAUACAUUAUAAUGAUAAUGAAAUAGAGAAUUUGUUAAUUCAAAGCGAAAAUGAUCUUUUAAAAGAAAUUAAUCGGAAUUCUGUAGACUCUUUCUCUUUUGCUAAAGUUUGGGAAUCUUCUAUAAAUAAAUUAGAUGAAAAUUUUAAAAAUGCUAAUGAACUAAAAAACGCAGAUAUAGAUUUCUGGGAUAAAAUUGUAAAUGAAAAUAAUAAUCUAGAAAAUGCAUUUGAAGAUCCAAACAUAGAAAUCGGUAUGAGAGGAAGAAAAAGAAAAAAGAUAGAUUAUUCACUAGACAUUUCUUCAAAUAUAAAACCUCGAAGAUCUAAAAAGAAAGCAAAAACAAGUGCUAGUUCAUCUUCCGAUACAGAAUUUUAUAAAAAUAUUGAAAAUCAUUCACAUAAAGACAAAAAUAAUAAUUUUAUAAGCAAAUAUCAACGUAUUGUUUCUAAUAAAAUAUAUGAAGAUAAUUCAUGUUUAAGGACAAUUAAUAGUCAAUCUAAAAUCAAUAUGCCCAAAGAAAUAAAUCCAAGUAUCCAUCAUAAUUCAAAGACACAUAAAAAUAUAAAUACUUUAAAAAAAGUUAAACAGAAAAAAGAAAAUUCAAAAACAACUAAUUCGAAUAUAAUUGUAGACGUUCCAAAAAAUAUAGCUAAAAAAAUGCUUUAA